GAAAUGUUUAAUAAAUACUUGAAUAUCGAUAGCAAUGAAUAAUAACAUUAAUAGCAAUAAUAUCUCAUUUGACAAACAAAGUGAAACUUUUUGCGUCAAACAAUUAUCAGAUCCUAUAUGUGAUGACAAUGUAUCACAAGUGAACCCAACGGCAAACUGCGAUCCUUUGGGAGCAAUGGUUUCGUCAUCAAUGAUGGCCAACGGAUGCGCUAAAAGUGAUGACUCGGGGCUUACGUUAAGCCAUAAUCACAAAACACCUGCCAAUGGAUUGAAUGAUUUAAUUGAUGGCAAUAGUAGUGCUCAUCAAAGCAGUGGAAGCAGUGGUGGAAGCAGUUGUGGCAGUACUAGCGCUCAUAUAAAUCAUCUCUUUAAUGGUGGUAUCCCUGAGACACCAUCGCUGCCAACGACGGCCUCGAUGUCACAGGCGUUGCCAUUUCCGCCGCUCUCCGGAGAGACAGCGCUGUUGAACGGGACCACAACUGAUGGCAACAUAUUUGUCACUAAUUAUCGACUAUUUGUGUCAUAUAUGAACGCCAGAGACAGACUUCCCAUAAGUUUGCCGAUCGGUAUGAUUGAGACAAUCGAGUUGAGAGAUCUUAACUAUUUAUACAUCUAUACAAAACACGUGCGAUCUUUCAUUGUCUCGUUUCGCUCGGGAGACGACUGUACUCUUUGGUACAAACGUCUCAUCGAUGUCUGCACUUCACAGUCGAAACUCGAAGAUCUGUUUUGUUUCAAAUUCUUCAACGGAACCAAAAUUGAUAAGAAGUCGUCAAAUGUUUUCUCCGAUACCAAACACAUCCGUAACUGUUAUGAGACACUGACUAAAGAAUUUAGACGAAUGUCUUAUAACAAUGUUUGGAGAAUAAGUGAUAUAAACAAAGAGUUCAAACUUUGCUCGUCUUAUCCGCGAUAUCUGGUUGUGCCUCAGAAUAUAAGCGACAAAGACCUGGAAUCGGUCGCCAACUUUCGCUACUCUCGACGAAUACCGACUGUCGUGUGGCGACACCGCAAGAAUGGUUGCGUCAUCGCCCGCAGCAGUCAGCCAGAGGUGGGUUGGCUCGGGUGGCGCAACAGUCACGACGAGCUCCUCCUUCACGCCAUUGUUAAGUCUUGUAGUUCUGGUGAUAUUCUCAAUAAGAAGCUCUUGAUUUUGGACGCUCGCAGUUAUACGGCCGCAGUGGCCAACCGGGCGAAGGGCGGCGGCUGUGAGUGUCCUGAAUAUUACCUGAGCUGUGAAGUCCAGUUCAUGAGUUUGGCUAACAUUCAUAGCAUUCGCAAAAGCUUUCAUUCUCUCCGUUAUAUGUGUGAGUCUCCCGCCGAUCAGAUCAAUUGGCUAACACUUCUGGACAACACGAAGUGGUUGCACAAUAUAUCGGGACUUUUGAAAUCAGCCCUAAUUGUGGUCAAUGCCAUUGAUUUAGAAGAGAGACCUGUUUUAGUUCACUGUUCAGACGGAUGGGACCGAACGCCUCAAAUCGUGGCUUUGGCUGAACUAAUGUUGGAUCCAUUCUAUCGUACAAUCGAUGGCUUUAAAGUGCUUAUUGAAAGAGAAUGGAUUCAAUUCGGCCAUAAAUUUGCCGAUCGUUGCGGUAACGGAGCCUUCUCUGAGGAUAUCAAUGAGAGGUGUCCUGUGUUUCUCCAAUGGUUAGACUGUGUCCAUCAAUUGGUUCUUCAAUUUCCCUGUAGUUUUGAAUUUAACACUAAUUUUCUGAUAAAACUCAUUCAACACACGUAUUCAUCACUGUUUGGAACCUUUAUCUGCAAUAAUAUGCGCGAAAGAAUUGACCAUCAGAUCAAUGAUCAGACGUAUUCUGUUUGGUCUUAUUUUAAUAAUAUGCGUCAAUAUUAUGUCAAUUAUCUGUAUGUACACAACGAUCAGGUGUUGAGGCCGUCGUGCAAAGCAAAAGAUAUAGUGUUCUGGAGUGAUGUCUAUAUGCCAUUGUCUUCAUCCGGAUAUGGAGUAAUCGAACCAAAUAAUAGUCUCGAAUCUGAGCCCAAAGACAGUAUUAAUUAUGACACAACCGAUGGAAGCAAUCAUAUAAAUGGUGUCAUCAAAGAGUCGACCAUUGAAUCCAAACAAAUGGAUUCAGAAUUGAACGCUUCCAACAAUGAGACCAAUGAAACCGAAUCAGAUAUGGACACCAUUGCCAGCGAUAAACACCAUUCCUUAUCAAAGACCAGGUCCUGUGAGAACGUGGCGUCUGAUGUUGACUACAAUCAAGUGGAACACCACUGCUGUUCGCCUCUGAAGACCAGACAUAAUAGUGAUCCCAAUUUGUUGCGAACGUUGAAUAUUGCCGACCAAAUUGAAAGGGGAAGAGGAAAAUGCUUUGAAAUCUUUAAAUACAUUCACGACCUCCAGACCAAUGGAGUGAACACCAGAAGCGAUACCAGUGAUGGCGGUUCUGUUCCGCAGCCUUCGAGUCGUAACUCAGAGAGCGGUGUCUUAGAGGACUCGGAAUUGUGUCUCACGUCUCACUUUAGUAUGUUAUCGACCGAAACGUUAAUGAAUGGCAACAACUCUUACAUUGAAAGCAUUCAGAACUGUUGUCCUGAAAACAGUUUAUUGACAAUGAGUACCAGCACUACUGAACUGAGCAGUUCUUGCGUUCAAACCAAUGACCUGACCGUACAAUACGACAAAUUAUACGAUUCCAUAUACAGUCAUAAGAAAAAACAGACCCAAACGUGUAGUACUCCUAUUUUGAGACAAAAUUCUAGUGAAAACAGUGGUUCCGGUAAUUCAUGCAAUGGUUAUGGGAAUGGAAAACAUACGCGAACUCCGAGUUCUGGCUGUCCGGCCACUCCUAAUGAUGAACAAAGUCUCGAAGCCUUUCCUUUCGACGGAGCCAUCAGUCAAGACAUUUUUGAUAUCGACGGACACGUUCUCAUACGUGACAAACUUCUCGUUAGACUUCAACAGAUCAUCGGAUCCAAUAAGAAUGAGAUCGAAAACUUGAGACGAGAACUCUAUUUGGCGCGUUUGGCACUCUGUCAACAAGUGAAGUAUUGCAAUGCCAUCAAUGAUGAGCCAUCAGCUCUGAAUAACGGAUCCAAUUGUGUGGACUAUAUGUCAGAAAAUGCGUCAAUGGAUUCGUGGGUGGAUGUGAUGCCAUCCCUUCAACAACAAACUCGCAAUGGAUUUACAAUACCCUCAAAAUGUGAUAAAAGUAACUCAUAUUCGACGUUCAACUGUGAGGCCAAUACCAGCACUUGUAGCGAUGCCCUCGACUCCAAUCAGUUAGCAUUAAAUCAUUUACAGUUAUAAUACUAACAAUUAAAUUGCUAUUAGUUUUAAAUUCCUAAGAUGUGCUCAAAUUUUAACUUAUAAUUAAUAUCAUAUUUACUGUAAAAUCCGAUAUUUCGACCGCUAGUCCUGAGAAACAUUAUUAAUUACAACAACAAAAAACUGAUAACAACUUAUUCUUCAAACACAUGUAAACUAUAGUAAAUAUUUUGUGUAAAAAGUAAUGAAUUUUAUGUAGAGAUAUGUCUUAUGGAUUUAAACCCAAAUCUAUAUAUUGUUAUAUAUAUUAUAUAUUUGUUAUUCAAUAUCAAUUGAAUUAUAUCUGAAGAAAAACAGUACAACUGUUACCACAAAAUUCGCAAAACGAGUCCAAUAUCUUAACAUUCUUUGACAUCAAUUCUGAUAAAUAGUGACAUAAAUUGAAUUCAUAAUACGAAAUACUAUUCAUUUGUUUUAACCCCAGACUAACUAUUCGUGAUUAUUAUUGUUUAUAACAGAUUAUCAAAUUGUUUUAAAUUAAUUUUAAUUGAUAUUGAAGUUUUUUGAUAUUGUUUUACUAUUAAUACAUAUGGUUUUGCUGUUUAACACUAUAUUUUUAUUAAAUCUGAAAAUUAUAUGUUUGAACACUAAAUGUUUUAAGAAUCUUUCCUUGUAUUUGUCAUUUCAAUGCAAACCCAAUUCACCCC